AUGAUGACGGAGAAGGACAAAGCUCAGGUGUUCGCCCUCCUUGGUUGGAAUCCAGAUGAGCUGGCCCACGCUGCGCACAAGACUCCAGCUUUUUCAGUGAACCUGCGGGCCAACGACGUCAGGCGCAGCGGAGAAUUUUCAGUAAGGCAAGCCUGGCCAAUUGUGCAACCUCAACCCAAGUAUGCUCAGCCCCCACACUUCCGAUAUAUGCUUUUCCUGCCGGCGGAUGUACAACGUAAUUUCGAAAGGACAGCAAAUGUCGAUAAUGAGGAAGAGGAGUACGAGACGAGUUAUACAGACAUGGAUGGCGACAAAGAGGAGGAAGGCAAUGCCAACGAGGAGGAGGAGGAGGAGGAGGAGGAGGAGGAGGAGGAGGAGGAAGAUGAGGAGGAGGAGGAGAGCGAUGACGCGGAUGAAGUGAGCAGUGGCGAUGUCGAUGAAGAGAAGGGCGACCAGAAUGACAAGCCAAUCAUCAGGAUUCUCAGCGGUCCCGACGUUUUCCCCAUCAUACUCAUUGAGCCGUUUUUGGAGAAAGGGGCUUUCGAUUUUUUGAAAUCAAUAUCCCCCAAACUCGCCAAAUUCGCCAGAAAGUCAGCGGAUUGGCGGCUGACGGAUUGUCAUCGCGAGGCAGCACAUGUUAUGCAUAAGCUUACCAAACAUUGGCUUACGGAGCUCCAGAACAAAAGACGUGACAGAGAGCUCAUCCUUUCCGUCAAAGGCUACUGUGAAAAGAGCCAUGACGAAUGGAGGGAGGAGGUAGGGAAGAAGUUGGAAAAGUUGCGACAGAAGCACCAACACAAGUUACAAAGGAGAGGUGAUACCACACCCACCCCGAGGCGGCACAGAUCCGGGGCCAAACGGGAUGGGGAAGGGCCCGAGGACAGUCAACAGCAGCAGUGGGAAAGUACGAAUACUUUGCAUUCUCCUUCGCUGUCUGGAACAAAACAGGAGAGAAAAGGCCGCAUCCCUGGGAACAUCUAUGAAAGAUUGGAGACGGUCGUUCGAGAGCGGAUCGAGCAUGACAAGUGUGUGUCACAUGGCGACGAUCUGCCCACUCCCAAAAUGUCACCCUUGAUGCCCAAAGGACAUCAUUCAAGCUCACGCAGCUAG